GCUCAUUUGGAUCUUCCUUGCAGAUUCGGAUUUGAAAUUUGUUGGGAUCCAAUUGACAAAUAAUGAAGAUCAAGAUUCUAAAGAUCGUUUUAGUACCGCGAACAAGAUCCCGUUUAGUAGAAGAGACUUAUCAGCAUGUUGUUCCCGCUUGGAUACUUCCCACUCGACCGACGUGGUUGGAAACGUAAAAUCUCUGAGAUCCUACUGUCACGCGUUCUUGUUCCCCGGAAUCCAGAUCUAAACUCAACCAAACCCGUUCCAUCUGGGAGAUCCGAGUUUCUUGAAAUGAAAGAUCAGUGAACAGCUUCCAUGGGGGUCAUUACUUCUAAAAAACGACCGCGAGAUCAGAACGAGAUGAAGAUCUCUGAAAUUCCAUGCUGUUGAGAAGAUGUGACGCUAAAUCUAAAUAACGUAUUCUAGGCAACAUUGCACUCUAUUUCCAUGCAUCUUCAUUCUUAAUUCUUCCAAACUCUUGCAAAUUCCAGGGAAACCAAAAACGACAGACGUGUCGUCUAAGGACCUGUAGGGAAUUUAUUCUCCACCACCUCUUAUCCGAAAAUGCCGCAUUCCUUUGGUAAGCGUGCCCGCACCAGGGAUAAAUUCUCCAAGGCCUACCGUACCAAAGGUCGCGCCGGUCUCUCGACCUACUUGACUCCGCUCAAGCGAGGUAUUCUAGAACUUGAAUCUUGGAUUUUAUUCUUGGGAUAAUUGUAGGUACAUCACGAUUACAGGAUUUAGAUGUCAUCUAAAGAAUCUUCGCAUCAUGUAGUUUGAACCGUCUGCUCAGCAGCCGUAGAAUUUAGAAGCUAGAUGAGACGCCCAUCAGGUGUUGCUAGACUACUAACGUUAAAAAGCUUGACCACAGCUUACAGUUGGGGCGCAACCUCCUCUCAAAAAUCCUUGCUAUCUGUCUUCAGAAAACCAAUAUCAACCCAACACUGCAGGUGACUACGUCGACAUUGUCGCCGAUGCCUCCGAACAGAAGGGUAUGCCGUUUCAGUUCUACCACGGACGCACGGGUGUUAUCUUCAACGUGACCAAGUCCGCUGUUGGUGUCGAGGUCACCAAGGUUGUCGGCAACCGUCAGCUCCGUAAGCGUAUGCAUAUUCGCAUUGAGCACGUCCGUCGCUCUCGUUGCAACGAGAACUUCUUGAAGCGUGUCAAGGAGAACGAUGCCAUCAAGGCUGCGGCUAACAAGAAGGGUAUAAUUACUUGCUUGAUUUUCAAUAGUACUUUGCUUGUGUAUGAAUAUUCUUGUGAAGGCAUAGUCGGUGAAAACGUGUUUUGGCAGUCCUUCACAGAGAGCUAUCGAUCUAUCUCAUAUGUGGGUAGUUUGUGUGUUACUUUCAUCUUUCCCAAAAUCCAAUCCAAUACUCGAUACAGGUGAGAAAGUUUCCGUCGCUCGUGUCCCGGAAGGUCCGAAGCCAGCUCAGAUGAUCAAGUCCAAGACUACCGUCACUGAGGUCUUCGCUCCUCGUGAGUUCGUCGCGAACCACUUCUAAGUCGGUUCCUGCCGAGAGGUGGAAGUUUGGACGUGUUGCUAGUGUGUAUUGAAGGAUGAGGAGAGACCUUGCAGAGCAUUACAGCGCUGUGUUGAUCCACGAGCAGCGACCGAAGAACAGACGCAAGGACGAGCCUUGAUAUCUAGGAACAAGAUUCGAAAACACGACAUCGGAUACAGACCAAAGCGGCUGGAAAAAAGGUGCGGAAAAUCAGGUGGGAGCGAAAUUUGAUCGGACAUGGAUGAGUGACAGGACUAUCUGAAAGCCUUUGUCGUUUGAUCAUACUUUUCGUUGAGUAGAGGUGUACUCAGGUCCAAAAAAACGUAGGCGCGGAGAUUGUCAUCCCCGUCAGGAAAAGGAUGGAUGCACGAAAAAGUCC